AUUAAAGGGCAAGGAAAUCCCGUGAGGAAGAUAAAUGUUAUAACGGUGAUCCCGCGGUUCGUCAGUUACUCUUCUUCACUAUUACUACUACUCUUUCUCUCUCUACUUUCCCUCUUUUCUUUCUCUCUCUUCCUCUGUUUUUCUCUACACUUUACCAUUUUCACAUUUUUUCUUUGAAAAAAUUUGCUAAACAUAUAAUAUAAAGUGUUCAUAUUUUUGAUAAUAAAAUGAAAUGAAAUGAAAUUAAAUAUAAUACUUUAUUUCUCUACAAUCUUAUCAUUGAGAAUUUUAUCAUCACAAGGUUUAUUUUAUAGUAAUGGGGAAGAAAGGAGGUUGGUUCUCCACUGUUAAGAAGGUCUUUAAGUCUUCAUCAAAGGAUUCCUUAGAGAAAAAUAAGGAAAAAAAUACACAAAAAUGGAACAAUAAUGAUGCUGUAGAGGUUGUGUCUGUGGAACAUUUCCCAACUGAAAGCUCACCUGAUUCCACCCAUGAUGAAAGUGGUGAAACAUCUCCGGCAAAGGAUGAUCGAACGCACGCAAUAGCAGUUGCGGCCGCCACAGCAGCAGCAGCCGAGGCGGCUGUGGCAGCAGCGCAAGCAGCUGCUAAGGUUGUCCGGUUAGCUGGCUAUGGGCGACAAUCUAGAGAAGAAAGGGCUGCUACUUUGAUACAAACACAUUAUCGAGGUUACUUGGCUCGAAGGGCAUUGCGUGCACUAAAAGGGUUGGUAAGAUUACAAGCAUUAGUGAGGGGCCACAAUGUUAGAAAACAAGCCCAAAUGACAAUGAGAUGUAUGCAAGCUCUAGUAAGGGUCCAAGCCCGAGUCCGAGCCCGAAGACUUCACUUGACCCAUAACAAUAAUACUAAUUAUCAAGAUGAUCAUGAGAUUAAUGAUAAUGAUUAUGGAAAAAGAAGCAAAUAUAAUAAUGGGAUUACAUUGCAAGAUCAAUUAAUUUCUACAAUUAAGAUCCCAACAAAGGUUAAUUAUAGUAAUGAUAGUCUUAAUGUUGAUGAUUGGGAUGGAAGACAUAAAGGUUUUGAAGAGAUUAGGGAAAGUUCUCAAAGGAAACAUGAUGCUGCCUUAAGAAGAGAACGUGCUCUUGCUUAUGCUUAUAAUUUUCAGCAACAACAACAACGAUACCUAAUAGAAUCAAACACCCCAAUAAUGAAUGAAGCAAUGUUUAAUGCUUAUGCAAAUGCAAUGGACAAACCUCCAUGGGGAUGGAAUUGGCUAGAAAGAUGGAUGGCUUCACAACAACCAUUUCAAGUGAGUAGUAUUAAUAACACAAAACCAGGACAAAAUGACCAAAGUACUUAUAUGACAGCUACUAGUACUGGUGAUGUCUCCGAGAGGACUGUUGAAAUGGACAUGGUGGACCCACCUCAUCUUAGAGACCCCACUAAAUUCAUCCAUAGGUCAAGCAAGGACACAAGGCAGUCCAGUUUUGAUGGAGUACCAAGCUACAUGGCCCCAACCCAAUCUGCAAAAGCCAAGGCCCGAGCCCAAAGCUCAUCUAAACAACGGGCCCAAUCUCUGUCCCCUUGGAACCAUCCUUCUCCAUCUGCUAAAAGAUCUCCUAUUGGGCCCACUUUUGGGGAUUCCUCUAGUUCUGGUGGUGGUUCAGUCCAUUACCCAUAUGCUCAUACUCCAAGCCCAAAUAGUAAGGCCCGAAAAGCUGCAGGCUAUAGCCCAGAUUCUACUUGUAGUAGUGAUCGUGUGGCUAGCAAUGGUUGGAGAUGAUGUCUUUUUCUUAUGUGUAAUUACAUGAAUUUUUUUAACUUGACUUGAUUGUUAAAAUUGUUCUUAAUUAUUUUCUCCAAAAAUAUAAAAUAAAAA